AUGAGACAGACAGACAAACAGAGCUCAUCGAAAGCGGAUGGGAGGCACCUAGAGGAGGAGGAGGAGGAGGAGGAGAGGAAAAGAUGCUUUGGGUCAAAUCGCGGCGGCCGGCACCGUUUUGGCCGGCGGAGAGGCUCCCUGGGAGGAGCGGCUUGGGUUGGGUUGAGAGAUGGACGAACACGCCAAGAUGGAGACGGAGCGGCGCACGUGAAGCGGCUUGUGACGUUGUCCGUGCCGUGGGGCAGCUCCGUGCAGGAGAUGCUCACCUUCGCCUCCGGCAACACCCUUGAUGUGCCCUUCGUCGACCCCUCCCUCAUCCGCAACGAGCAGCGCAGCUCCGAGGGCAACCUCUGGUUGCUGCCCACGCCCAAGGUGUUUGGCAACACCACGCUCGUCGUCUCCCAGCGCCACAACCGGACCUACUCCGCCAAGAACGUCACGCAGUUCCUCAACGACAUCGGGUUCGCCGACGGGGUGGAGCCGUACCGGGCGCGGAUACGGCCGCUCGGCGAGGUCCUGCCGGAGUCGGGCGUGCCGGUGACAUGCCUCGUGGGCACCGGCGUUGACACGGUGGAGAGCCUCAUGUUCGGGGACGAGGGGUUCGACGCAGGGCCCGUCAAUGUGGUGUACGGCGACGACGACGGGACGGUGAACCUCACUAGCCUCAUGGGACCGAUCAAGGCCUGGUCCGACUCGCCGGCGCAGGUCCUCGAGGUGGUGGAGCUGCCCAAGGUGUCGCACAUGGGCAUCCUCAAGGACAAGAGCGCCGUCGACCAGAUCCUCAGGAUUCUUGAUUCCAUCAACCUAAACGCCACGACCACUACCUAUCAUCAGUCUUAUAAAUAG